ACCAUCCCGAUUCCCGCGAAAAGUCAAAUGAGCCGUCUGCCUCCCAGCUGACAUACAGAUGAUAUCGCCAGCCCAGCUGAUAACAUGGACGCCGGUAUGCUCUACAAAUGGACUGAUGAGGACGUUAGUCGCCUCAUCAAUUUGAGGAGGAGCAAGGAGAGGCUAUUCUCGGGAAGGAGAAAUGCUGCCCAGCAUGGAUGGGAGGUUAUCCUGAAGGAGAUGGGGCUGGAUGCCGUGGUCUCCCCUGCCAGGGCAGGAAAAAAGUGGGAGAACCUCAAAAAAACCUACAAAGAGCUCAAAAAGCCCCCCACGGGAGUGAGCACCGAGUCAGGGGAAACCACUGCAGGCACCUGGAAGUGGUACAGUUUGAUGGACGAAGUGAUGGGGGACAAACCCUCCAUCAGCCCCCCAGUCCUCAUCACUUCGUCAGGAGGAGACCACUUUCAGGUGUCUGCAGUGGCUUCCCCUGAGCCCAGACGCGCAGAGGCAGAGGCAGAGGCAGAGGAAGAGGAAGAAGCAACGCCGAGGAAGAGGGCAGGGAAGAGGAAGGUGGACCCUGUCCUAGACUUCCUGGAGAGGGAUGCGGAGAGAGCAGAGGAGCGGGCCAGAAGGGAUGAAGAGCGGGAGGGCAGGCUCCUCAGCAUCCUGGAGAGAUUGGUGGAGAAGUUGUGAUUUUGUGAUUUUUUCAAUUUUUCAAUUAUAUUUUACUAUUAUUUAUUUUGUGUUUAAUUAAUUAAUAAAUUAUCUUCAAUUACAUUUUCAGUAUUAUCACUGUAGACUUGCUUUGCUUAAAGUAGAAACUCUGAAAACACUGUUUCAUACACUAAAAUAACGUUGGGGGUAAAAAUAUAUUUUUAAUUCAGGCAUAAUCAUGCCCCUCUGGAGCAACAGCCUGGAUGGGACCCAUCACCGCAGCCGCCAGUUGCCUCCUCACUUCCUCCCCACUGGGAUCCAACUGCUGUUGGGGAGGCUGGUCUUGAUUGUCGUCCCUCACCAUCACCACCUCCUCCAAGGGCAAGUCCUCCAGGUCCAUUGCAAUGUUGUGCAAAAUUGCACAACAUGCAAUGACCACUGGCGCAAAGGUGGGCUUGACCUCCAGGGCUUUUAAGAAGAUGGUCCUCCAGCGGGUCUUCAAGAUGCCGAAGGCCCGUUCAAUUAUUGAACGGGCCUUGGCGUGAUGCUGAUUGAACCGCCUGUCAAUUUCUCUCACCACUGGUUCACGGUAGGGUGUUAUCAAGGAUGGCGUGCAGGGAUACCCACCGUCCCCAAGGAUAAGGUAACCCUGUGGGGGGUACAGUUUGUCCGCAAAAAUGGGGCUGUUCCUGUACACCCGGGCGUCAUGGACUGACCCUGGGUAGCCAACACAUAUGUCCAGGAACAGCCCCUUGCUGUUGCACACCGCCUGCAGCUGCACUGAAAAAAACAGUUUCCUGUUUAAAUAGCAGGCCUGAUUCUGUGAUGGUGGCUUGAUCCUGACUUGGCAGCCAUCAAUGGCUCCCACAACCUUGGAAAAGGCUGGGGAACGUGCCAGCUGAGCAAAACCAUCGCCGAUGGUGUCCAGGUCCAUGGCAUGGGGGAGGGAGAUUAUUCGCUCCUUGAGCCUAAGGAUGUUCCCUGAGACGCGGUGGAUUAUGUCGUGAAUUGUUGUGCGUGGCAUAGCAAAGACCCUUGACACCACUCUAUAGGAGGUGGCACUGGCGAGCCAGAACAGGAAGACCAAGACCUCCAGUUCAAGGCCCCAGCCAGAACACCGUUGCUCAUUGUGGCGCAAGAGCGCAAUCAGCCUCAUGGUGGUGGGUCUGCUCAGACGAAAAUCUGUUUUCAGGUCGGAGGUCCCGUCGAAAAACAAUUGGAGCAGGGGGACCUGUUCGUUCCUUACACAGUAUCUUGCCGGCUCCGGCUGUAAU